UGGGGGCGAAUGAGGAGGAGGGGCGGGAGGUUGUGCCAGAGCUCCGCCUCGGGACCCCUGGACUAAUUAGGCAGGAAGGAGUACCGCUGGUAAUUCAUAGAGUGCGUUCCUUGGCCCUGAGUUAGUGUUGUUAGCCCCGCCCCCUCCCUCUUGAGUCUGGGCACCCUUGUUUUGUAGAGGCAGCCCUGGCGGUGGUCGCGAAGCCAGAAGAUGAAGUGUGGGUUUUUCAGGGGAACAGGUUGCGGAGGAGAAAGCACCUCAAAUGAUGUGUUUGGAUGUGUGGGACUUGGGUUCAGACUCUCUGGCAGCCUUGGCUUCAUAUGUUUGUCCUGUAAUAGGGAAGAUGGAGGCUGGUGGAGGAGCUGGCUACAGCAAAGCCUUCAGACAGUCAAAGAUAAGUCCACAGAGGCCUUGGAGUUCAUGAAACGUGACCUGACCGAGUUCACGCAAGUGGUCCAGCAUGACACAGCCUGCACCAUUGCUGCCACUGCCAGUGUGGUCAAGGAGAAGCUGGCUACGGAAAGUUCCUCGGGUGCGACAGAGAAAGUGAGAAAAGGGCUCUCCAACUUCCUGGGUGUUAUCUCCGACACAUUUGCACCUUCACCAGAUAUGACCAUUGACUGUGACGUCAUAACCCUGAUGGCGACCCCUUCUGGAACAACAGAGUUAUACGACAGUGCCAAGGCUCGGCUGUACAGCCUUCAGUCUGACCCAGCCACCUAUUGCAAUGAACCUGAUGGACCCUCUCAGCUCUUUGAGGCCUGGCUAUUGCACUUCAACCUAGAGGAGAAGAAAGGGGAGAUCUCGGAGUUGCUGGUGAACAGCCCUUCCAUCCGCUCUCUCUACUCCAAGAUGGUGCCAGUGGCUGUGUCCCAUUCUGAAUUCUGGCAACGCUACUUCUACAAAGUCCAUCAGCUGGAGCAGGAGGAGGUCCGGAGAGAGGUUUUGAAGCAGCGGGCAGAACAAAGUGUUCAUUCAGAGGAGCCAGGCUGGGAAGAGGAAGAAGAGGAAUUCCUUGGGUCAUCCUCCUCCCAGUCUAACGUCUGCUCGCAAUCUCCCCAAGAGGUGAAGCCAGCUUCCCCCACCUCUGCAGCAGUGCUCACUCCGACCCUAGAGGCAUCGGUGGAAAGCUGGGCUAUGCUGAGCACUGCCCCGGCAGAGGUGACUCCAUCUGAAAGCAGCGAAAGCAUUUCUUUGGUGACUCAGGUUGCAAACCCUGCUGCUACUGCUGCUGCUGCUGCUGCACCUGCUGCUUCACCUGCUGUGCCCUUACAGACUGGAGCCCAGCUCUCUGGGGCAGGGGACAUCUCUCAGAGGCUGCAGGAAGCUACCGCAGAGGAGCAGACCUCACUCGCAAAGCCCGUGGAGCCUGCACAUCCUUCCCCAGCUGCUCCAGAGGCAAAGCCUUCCCCAGAGCAACCCAAGGAGCAAGUGGAGGCCAAGCCAGUGAGCAGGACAGAGACUCUGCGAGAGGACGGGCCGAUGGAUCUGCGACUCUUUGAACUCAACUCCGACAGUGGGAAAUCCACUCCUUCCAACAAUGGGAAGAAAGGCUCCAGCACAGAUAUUAGUGAGGAUUGGGAAAAGGACUUUGACCUGGACAUGACUGAAGAAGAGGUGCAGUUGGCCCUCUCCAAGGUGGACAUCUCUGGGGAGAUGGAAGAUGAAGAAUGGGAAGACUGGGAAUAACAUGGGGCCGUCACUUCUGUGGUGCAUCUUGGUAUCUUCCCCCACCCCCUUCCCCCCUCCGCACCAUCCAAUGUGAAUUAAACCACAGAGCAACCGGUUCCUUUUUCCUGUGUAAAUGUGUUCCGGGCUGGCUGCAUCUCAUCUCUGCUGAAAUCCUGUUGGGGACCUUGGACCAUAACCCACACUUGGAUCCUGGUGGUGGCUGGUAUCACGUGGGGCUGCCGAAGAGCCUCGGCAGAGGGAGUGGGGCACAGGGAUAGGUGCAUCUUCCCAGUAGGUCCUCUGGACUAUUGCUUCUCUCAGAGCUGUCUCAGUGUGGAUUUAUUUUCCUUUGGGGAGGGCACGGUUUGAGGUGGGUGUCAGUUGAUGGUGGUUUGGGGUGGGUGUGAGGUGAGUCUGACUGGGCUCUAGAAGAUAAUUAGGAUUAUUAUGCCUGUUCUUCACUAGGCCGGCCACUUCCUAGCUGUGCCUCCUUCUGUGUGAGUGUUUUCAUGAAACCCAAUAAGCUUUUAGAGAAGGAGAAGACAACCCCUCUAGCAUGGUGUCUGAUUGCUCCUACCCAUUUCCCUUAGCAUCUUGCACUGCCUGAUAGGAAGCCAGGACAUUGAAAAGCUGGGAGAGUCCUCUCAUCCCUACCUAUCCCUCCUGAACUGCUCCUUCUCUGCUUUUCUGGGACUUGAAGCACUUUUUAAAAAAUAAAAAUGAAAUCUUAAGCCGAAUCCUUGCUUAGCAGCACGUGACACUAGCGGGAGCAUCUGCUGCACAAGCUCCCCUGAAUUGAACGCAAGUGGAAGGAGAUGUUCCUGCUGGGUUGUGCUGCUGAGACCUUCUUUGAAAAGGGCUGGGUGUGAGUUUCUGUGGAGCUGCUGAAUGGUGCAAGUGCAGCUCCUCUGCUGGUGGCCUUGCUAUUAGGCAUCCCUGAGAAGCACUGACGGUCAGUGUUGAAGGACCAGCAUUUGCCAAAGCCUCAUGCCCCUCUUUCCCGCCCCCACUUGGGCUGAUGCAUUUGUCAAUCUCUGUCUAUGGCAGCCUUCGCCAACCUAGUGAAGGCUAGUAUGUAGCAAGCCUCUGGAAAAACCCCAUCCCUGGGGAGAGGUCUCUCCUGCCCCCCAACCUUGCCAAGAGCUACAACUGCCUACAAGGCUGUGUUCCUUCCUUGCCCGCAUCCCUCUGACCUUCUCUAGGCAUAUCUGUUUCCUUUUGGUGCGAUCCCUUUUCCUGAUAUGCUCCUUGCCACAACAUAGUUGAGUUGAAAGCGUAUGUAACUACUUGAGCAUCUCUGACCUCAGAACUGAUUAGCUCUGUUCAUGCUUUUCUAAAAUGGGUCCAAAAUGGAAAUGGGCUUCCUCUCCAUUAGGAAGUUCUCGUGCACAAACUCCGUUGAAACAAAUGGGAGUUGUGCAGAGGUUCAGCAUCUCUCUGGUGCAUACAGCUGUGACAGGAAAUGUGCUUAUGUUCCUCCCCAGUGAUGCAAUAUACCUGGGGGGGGGGUUCCUAGGCUGCUUUCAUACCAGAGCCCCUGUGGUUGAGCCUUCAGAAGCAUCUGAUAUUUGCCAGAGCCAUCCAAAGGCGACUCCCUUCCAGCCUUCUCACACUGCUGCUGCUCAUUCAUUCAUCUUCUCAACAGUGCUUGGCUUCUUAAGAGUACCAGACAGGAUUAAGAAAGUUCCUGCUACUUAUUUCUCUUUCCUGCUCCUAUUGGAAGCCAAACACUGCCAAAAGGAAAGUAAGCAACUGAGCACGCAGCAGUGCUGUGCGAGAGCUGGAAGGAGGCUCUCCAUGGGUCGCUUAGUAGCUGUCAGAAUUUAUAGCUGCUACAGUCACCUCUCCUAGAGGCUUCUGAUGGUGUGGAGACAUGUUUGCAGGCUCCUGUAUGAGCCAGCCCAUGUAAAUGAACCCCCAUUUGGGGGAAACUAGCAACAGAGUCAACCCUAAAAGCAGAUUAAGGAGAGUGAAGCACCCAAGUUUCUUGGUUGCUUUGUUCACAGUAUUUCUUGUUGUGUUUGUCCUCGGUCCACAUGAGCUGUUGCUUCUGAAAUGGGGAUCAGUGGUAGAGCACAUACAUUCAUGCUGCAUCCCUGUCUCAGUCCCUGCCAUCUCCCUUUGGAAAGAUCAUGUAGCAGCAGGAGGUGGGUUUGACCUUCUGCCUGAGUUGCUGGUAUAAGGCCACUUCUGUUCCUGUGAUCAAAAACAGGAUAGAUUUUGGGGGGGCAGGGUAGCAUGUGCCCCACUGCCCUUCUCCAGCAUAGUGCAAAAAUGAAUGUUCCCUGCAUUUGCAGGUACGAGCUCCACCACAGUCUUGAGGGGGCUGCUUUUGGAUGUGUCUUAAUCAUCCUUAUGAGGGCCUGGCUAAGCCACGGGACACGAAGAUAGUUUAGAAAAUGAGCUAUGUUCUAUAUCCCCUUGAAGACUGGAUCGCAUUGAGUUUAGCAGAGCAUAGGGGUGCCAGGAAUCAGUGGUGUGACAUCUGCCUAGAAGAGCCCAAACCCAAGUGUCCGAGAAGGAUGGUGGUUGUCAAGGGACAUCUGUGGCUCCUGGGUCAGCUUGCUUUUUUAGAUGUGUCUGUGUGAUGAUGGGGCAAAGCAUGGUAGUAUAGAGCCAGAUUCUGUUUCAAGGAGGUAGCCUGCCAAGGGGACGAGGCUCAUUCCCAAUUAGGGUUGGGGAAAAGCACUGAGGCUCUGAUUUCAUCAUAAUUCUCCAUAGUUGAUUUUCUUCUCUCUUGGUUGUGCAAUAUUCUCUCAUUUUUAAAUUAUACUGCAACUCCCUGGACUGUUUUCUAGCUGGGGUGAAGAAGUGACUCUAACAGCUGUUUAGUUUUGUAAUGAUGACUUUCUCCUGAACCUUUUACAGACUUGCCGUUAACAGCAAUUAAAAGAGUUCUACAGAAA